UUCCAAUUCUAUUCUUGUUCAUACUUCAUUCAUAUCCCUUUCUUUCUCUAUAAAUAAGUUUCUUCCAGCUUCAACAUUUCAUCUAAUACAAGGAAUAAAAGUCCAUCCAUAACUCGUACUCCAUUAUCUUGUAACUGACAUUGUUUUUCUUAUCGAAUUAGGGGGUGGGAAACAAUGGCAAAGGCAAUUAGAUUCUUUGAGUUGAACACUGGGGCCAAGAUUCCUUCUGUUGGAUUGGGUACUUGGCAAGCUGAACCUGGUGUUGUAGGCAAAGCUGUCACCACUGCUAUUCAGGUUGGAUACAGACAUAUUGAUUGUGCUCAAGCCUAUGGCAAUCAAGCAGAGAUUGGUUCAGCUCUCAAGAAGUUGUUUGACGAUGGUGUUGUAAAGCGCGAAGAUUUGUGGAUCACCUCCAAACUCUGGUGUUCAGAUCAUGCCCCAGAAGAUGUGCCGAAAGCAUUCGAUAAAACUUUGCAGGAUUUGCAGCUUGACUACCUUGAUCUCUAUCUGAUCCACUGGCCAGUCCGCUUUAAAAAGGGAUCGGUUGGAUUCAAGCCUGAAAAUCUAGACCAAGCUGACAUACCCAGCACAUGGAGAGCCAUGGAGGCGCUAUACGACUCCAGAAAGGCUAGAGCCAUAGGAGUUAGCAAUUUCUCUUCAAAGAAGCUUCAAGAUUUAAUUGCGGUUGCACGAGUGCCUCCUGCUGUCAACCAAGUUGAGUUGCACCCAGCAUUGCAGCAGCCAAAGUUGCAUGCAUUCUGCGAAUCUAAGGGAAUUCACUUAUCUGGAUACUCACCAUUGGGGUCACCUGGAAAUCUCAAGAGUGACAUCCUUAAGAAUCCUGUUGUCAAUAUGGUUGCGGAAAAAUUGGGGAAGUCACCUGCACAAGUGGCCCUUCGAUGGGGACUACAAAUGGGGCAUAGCGUGUUGCCAAAGAGCACCAAUGAAGAGAGAAUCAAGGCAAAUCUUGAUGUCUUUGACUGGUCUAUUCCUGAAGAACUCAUGGCCAAGUUCCCCGAGAUCAAGCAGGAGAGGUUAAUCAAGGGUACUGCUUUUUUUAAUGAGACCUAUGGCCAGUAUAAGACCAUCGAAGAACUCUGGGAUGGUGAACAGUGAGCAAAAUGUAACUGCAUUGCAACGUUUACAGAGAUACACUCAGAUUGUUUCCGUCAUUGGUCUAUUUAGUAUCCAAAACUACAAGUGGAAUGUGAUUUGAUUAUGUUGGUUUCAGGGUAGUGCUGUUCUUGGUUAAUAAUUCAGCAAGAUACCAAGAAUAAUUUACUGAUGUAUUGCAUAGACCCAUAGUUUUGUAAUGUCCUUUUAUUCCUGUAAUUGAUUAAUACAAUAAGAACUUUAUUUGUUUA